GGAACUGAAGAGUAUAAUAUAAAUUAUUAAAUGAGUGCAGACAUAACAACUCAAAGUCUUUGGGAUGACUCCUUCUGAACUGUCUCCGAGUACUACAGUCAGUCUCCAUCUACAAAUGAUGUGUACAAGUGGCAUAACAGCGAGAGCAUCCUGGCUAAUAGUCAAGAGGAUAGGAGCUCCAGGAAAGGAAAGCUGAGCAUAAAUAAAAUGAACACAUGCAACAUAAAAGAACCCAAGAUGAAAUAUUUCAAUAAAAUUGCAAGCUCGUGAGAAGUCUCUUCUGAACUAAGAGAAUGUUCUACUUCUAAAAAUACAGCUAAUAUAAAAGGGCUAGUAGAAAAUAUUACGAGACCGAAUAAAUUCGGUUAUUCCAAAUUCCGUUUAGGUAUUCUAAAACUAUCAGAAACGAAAUCGAAGAGUUGGAAAGAAAGAUGAAAUCAAAGCCAAACUAUUGAUUCUCCUCUAUUGCUGAUGAAUUUGAAGAAAUAGAUCCAGACCGAUUAUCUAAAAUUGAUCAUAUCUCUUGACUUCAAGCCCAGUAUAAUAAUUCAUCUUAAAAAGUUCUU